GCACAGGGCACUCCGGCUCCCUGGGCACAGGGAGAUGCAAGCAACCCAAGACUGUCCCGGGCCCAGCAGAGCCAGCCUCUGUAGAAGAUGAGACGACCUUCAAGGUGCAACCUUCAAAGGCUCUUUCUGAGCCUUAUGGUAAGUGGGUCUUGGCCCCCUGUAGACCAGCAGUGGGAGGACCCCAUAUUAAGAGCUCAUAGAGCUUUUCUGCCCGUGGAUGCCGCCGAGUAAGCAUCGUUGACGUCUCCCCGCCCCCUCCACUGCCAUCAUGUCUAAGUCAGAGUCACCCAAAGAGCCCGAACAGCUGCGGAAGCUCUUCAUCGGAGGUUUGAGCUUUGAAACAAGUGAUGACAGUCUGAGGAGCCACUGUGAGCAGUGGAGAACGCUCACAGACUGUGUGGUAACGAGGGAUCCAAACACCUGGUGCUCCAGAGGCUUCGGGUUUGUCACAUAUGCCACUGUGGAGGAGGUGGAUGCGGCCAUGAAUGCAAGGCCACACGAGGUGGAUGGAAGAGUGGUGGAACCAAAGAGGGCCGUCUCAAGAGAAGAUUCUCAAAGACCUGGUGCCCACUUCACUGUGAAAAAGAUUUCUGUUGGUGGCAUUAAAGAAGACACUGAAGAACAUCACCUAAGAGAUUGUUUUGAACAGUAUGGGAAAAUUGAAGUGAUUGAAAUCAUGACUGACUGAGGCAGUCGCAAAAAGAGAGGCUUUGCUUUUGUAACCUUUAAUGACCAUGGCUCUGUAGACAAGAUUGUCAUGCAGAAAUACCACACUGUGAAUGGCUACAACUGUGAAGUAAGGAAAGCCCUAUCUCAGCAAGAGAUGGCUGGUGCCUCAUCCAGCCAAAGAAGUCAGAGUGGUUCUGGAAACUUUGGUGGUGGUCAUGGAGGAAUCUUCAGUGGUCGAGGUGGCUUUGGUGGCAGCCGUGGUGCUGGGGGAUAUGGUGGCAGUGGGGAUGGCUAUAAUGGAUUUGGUAACGAUGGAAGCACUUAUGGAGGUGGUGGAAGCUACAAUGAUUUUGGCAGUUACAACAAUCAACCUUCAAAUUUUGGACCCAUGAAAGGAGGAAACUUUGGAGGCAGAAGUUCUGGCCCCUAUGGUGGUGGAGGCCCACACUUUGCCAAACCCCGAAAUCAAGGUGGCAAUGGUGGUUCCAGCAGUAGCAGUAGCUGUGGCAGUGGCAGAAGGUUUUGAUUACUGCCAGGAAGGAGUGUGCUACUACAGGCUUAUCAACUCUUAAAAAACAAAAUUCCAGUUCAAGCUCAUGGCUAAAGGGAGCAUCCUUAUGAGGACCUUUAUCUGAGCCACUGUGCACUUCAUUUUCACUGCCAUGCAGUAGUCAUUAGCUGCUAUGCAGCUCGAAUUAAUCAUUCAAUUUUGUGAAUGGACUUUUUAAAAAUAAAAUGCAUUUAACUUGGGAAAAAAAAAAAAAGAGCUCAUAGAGCCCUGGGGUUAGCUGCUUUUGAACUUCGGGGCGGUAAUUCCCACCUGGCACAUACUGUCCUUGUCCUGCAUGGCAUAGGCAGGAGAGAGGGUGUCCUUGGCAGGGCAGGGCCCUCUGGGUCAGCCAGGCUGUGGUCUCCUGCAAGACCGCAGCUGGCACAGGUCCCUGACCAUGUGGUGCCCUCUCCUGCCGCCUCACCACCCUGCAGGGACCUGCUCUGCUCUUCUGCCCACAUCACCUCAUCCUUUCCUGCCCACCUCCUCUCAGGAUGCUUCCUUUCUCCAUGCCCCUUGCUUGUCUGGUCAUUUCUCUCUCCUUCCUCAAAGGUGGCGCAUCUUGUUUUUAUUUAAUGGUCUUGACUUUUCUGAGGGAUCAGAUCUGUUUUUUCAGUUAGACGUCCGCUCCCCCGUGGUACCUUGCCCGUGGUCUUUGGUAAAUAUUCAGUACCUAUUGGUAAAUACCAUUGGCUGCUCACCUGGUGUAGGAAAGUGUUUUGGGCUCCUGGCCUCGCCCAGGACCUGAAGUCUCCUUCAGAGACCUGAGAGCUGUUGGGACAAUCACGCAGUGUUCAACCUGAAAGGGACCUUCAAGAGUAGUUAAUAAUCCAACACGGGUUUUCCAGAAGAAGAAAUGAAAACCCCGGAGGGAGUGAGUUGUUCCUAAAUUAUCUGGUGGCUUUGAACAAGUCACUCACUUCCUGUGUUCUCAUUUCUUCCUCUGGAAACCAGAGUGUUGGACUGUUAGAUACUCUCAAAGCUCCCUUUUAGAUUGAACGUUGGAUGAUUGUCCCAACAGCCCUCAGGUCUCUGAAGGAUGGUGUGUGAUGCGGCAGGAAGUUUUUCCCCAUGCCUGAGGGAGGGUUGGAGAUACUCACUCCUCCACCUCUGCCCGCAGCACUGCUGUCUCCUCAGGUAGUACUAGAACACCAGACUGCAGGAUGGAUCACACUUUUCUCUGUAAGCAGUCUUGGAGAUAACCCCACUUCCCAAGGGUCAGGUGCUCUGGGAUGCAGGAAGGCCAUCUUGGAGCCCUUGGUUAGAGGAAAAUGAAGUAAAUGAACACUUGACCGGAGUCACUGCACCUCCAGGGAGGACUCAGGCAGCCAAGCCUCCGGCUCAGAACCCUGGCUGGAAGGUGUUUCUUUCUGGCAAAGCUUCCAGUCACACCCAAAGAAGGUUGGGAUUUGUUAAGUGCAAUGACUAAUUAGUCCUGAGGCGGGAGAUCUCUACCCACUCACGAUGGUAUCAUGAUUUAUUCACGUGAGGUUGGAACACUUACAGGGACUGGACCUUUGUUUCCUGUGGCUUCCAUGUCAUGUGCAGACAACUGUCUUUUUCCAGAAUGGAUAAUUUCUCAAACCUAGCUUGCUUUCCCAGUUGCCGCCAGGAAACUUAUAACUCUGGUCACUUGACAGCGCCCCCCUUCCUGGGUCUGCAGUUGUUUUGGAAGGAAUGCAUUCUUAUCUGGGCCUCAGUUCCUUUCCUAGCAAUGCAAGCGCUGGGCUAGCUGCUAUCUCAAGGCCUUCCAGCCCUCAGGUUCUUUACUUUUUCUUGCCCCUUUUCCCAGCGGACACUUCUAUUUUCUUAAGGGAUAUGCUUCCAUAGAGCUGCUGCAAGAAAAUCAGAGACAUCUCAGCUGCUUGGAAGCCCUAUGCCUGGUUUCACCUUUCUGCCCAAUUACUAAGUCUUAAAGGCACCUAGUGUCCUUUAAGCUGCCAGUUUUCUGCCUUUCAAGAUCACACAGACUCAAUGUCUAAAAUCUCAGUAAGGAAGGACAAGGUCUCAGCCCUGAGGCAGAGUUAAGGCGGGCUCACUCCGCUCUGUAUUCCCUCAGAAUGGAGGGUAGGACCUGUCUCACUCCUCAGGACGUUUGCAGUGUCACUGUGACUGCUUCCUGCGCUCUGGCUGUGGAAGUGAUUUGUCUCCUCAGUGAUUUGGUUGCCACCUUGUGGAUCGUCUGGGGGUAGGGGUGGCAGGGGCCUCAGGCCUUAUAGGGUCUAAAAAUGGUUUUGCUUCCGUGCUUUCUUUUUGUCUGUUUGCCAUUAUGAUGACACCGGAGAUAUAAUUUAUAUCCUGUUUUCCCCAAUUACAUUACAUUGUAAACAUUGCCCUCUCAUUUUCUCGGGGAAUAUAUUUAUCGGCCAGGUGACAUGAUCAGGUUAAUUUUAAUAGUUGAAAAAGAAAACUAGUGGAUAAAAAAAAAAAAAA